ACUUUAAAUUUCAGCAAAGUGGGCACAGCCUCCAAGGUCUGCUGCUGAGACCUGCCUCCGACGGCAAAAGGAGCUGCCAAGAUGCAAACAGCCCUCGUGUGCCUGUGUCUGUGCCUGCUCAGCACAGCCCUCUUGACACCCGUGCCACCACCGCUGCCUGGGAGAGCUGCUGGGAACUGUGUGGGACAGCACCGGAUACUGCUGAAAGGCUGCAAUACCAAGCAUGGCUUCUACAUUUUCAAAUAUGUCUACAAGUUUUCAACGCGGAGGAACCAGACUCAGAUAAAGAAGGAAGAGGCUGACAGCCAGACCACUGUCUCCGGCCACCGGCUGGGUGAGGACAAUGUCCGGCAGGGGCCAACGGAGGACGGUGACAAUGGCAGCACCGAUGCAAUGGAGAACAGGACCAUCCUCAAGCCUGAAAAUCACAGCACCCCAGGCGUCGCUGGGGGUGCUCACAGUCCUCGCCCGGGCACCGGCACGCGAGCGCGCAGUGGUGUUGGCGUCGUGGUUCCCACCCCGGCCAGCACAGAGGGCAGUGGUGACCUGGAUUUGGUGGUUGAAGUCGAUGGUGGCAUUUCCAUUCUUCCCCAGGGUGGACGCCCUGGCGAGGCCAUGGCAGGGAAUAGGUCUGGUGUCAGGAGUGAUGACAGGGAUGAUGGUGCCCCCAGGGGGGUUCCAAUGGAGGGGGCCAUGACAACUGGGAGGGAGAGGGACACCACCACCACAGGGGCUGGGGAUGAGGCCAGCGGCGAGGCCACCAUCCCUGCCCAAGGGCAGGAGGGUGUUAUGUGGGGCACAGGGAUGGGAGGUGCCACUCUCGCCUCUGUCAGUGAGAAGAUGGAGGAUGUCCAAGUUGACGCCAAAGGUGUGGAUGAAUAUGCUUACAUCCCCGACUCGGGCAGUGUCACUGUCACCGGUGGGAAUGUGGGCAGCACCAGCUUCACCCAAAUCUCUCCAGACAAGGAUGAUGAAGUCAACAUCUUCAUUGGGAGGGCCAACAUUCAUGUGGGGGAGCAAGAAACCACGCAGGCCGGUGCCACCAUUGGCAGUGAGGAUGACAGCACCCUCACGGCGGGAACCAGCAGCCCCCUGCCCAGGUUGGGUGUCACUGCAGCACACAAUAGCGAUGACAAUGAUGGCAUCCUUGCUGGCAGGCAGCCUGAAGGACUGGCCACCACAGCCUCCCUGAGCCAUGGGGACAGCGUCACCAGCAGCCCUAGGGUUGGUCGUCCCACAGGAGAUGAUGAGGAUGGUGCAACCACCAUUGGUGAUGGAGAAGGACUGGUGGCCCCUAGCCCCUGGAGGGUCUCUGGUGGUGACAUUACUGUCCCCACAGGGGCUGGCAUCCGUGGGAGUGGCGAUGAUGAGGCAAGAGGUGAGGGGAAGAGGUUCGAGGGGAGGCCCAGCGGCCUGGUUGUCACCACCCCCAGCCAGGAGGCUGAGGAGGAGGUUGCAGCUGCUCUCCCAGCUGGGGGGGCCAGCAUCCACCUGGGCACCACUGUGGCCUCCCCCAGGGUGAGUGAGGGGGACUGCACCACAGCCCUGGGGACAGCCAGUGGCCACAAGGCAGGCAAGAGUGUUGUGGCAGGGAGAGGGGGGAGUGGGGAAAUGGGGCCAGCCACCCCCCAGCCCCACAGGGAGGGACAGCCCAGGGUGGGGGAGAGGGUCCAGCUGGGCGGAGCAGGGCUGGACAAGACAUUCAGAACAGACAAAGUGCCGUCCCCACAUGGGAAAGCCAGCAGCCAGGCAUCGAGCAGGGCUCCGACAAGGGCUGGUGGCCACGGUGGCGAUGCUGGGGGCAGGUUGCAUGCCACCGAAGCAGGGGGCAGCCCCUCUCCGCAGGCAGGGCAAGCUGGAGGUGGCGUGGCCAUGGAUAAAGGCCGGGAGCGAGGGCAAGGUGGCAAGGCCAGGGUAGCAGUGGUGGGGACUAGGGGUGGCCGCCUCUCUGGGCACCGUGGCAGGAGGCCAGGGACUGGGGCGCCAGGGGCAUUUGCAGCUCUGGGCCACAGCAGGCAGAUGGACCAGGUGAAGCGUGCGGAUGAGCUCCACGUCCGUGAGCGGUCCUUUUACGCCCUUAGCGGGGCAGGAGGUGGCCCACACGGCCCCUACACUGGCCUCGGAAGCGCAGACAGCAGCAGCCAGUCCUCCGAGGGGGAGCAGGGCAGCCGCAGUGACAGUCGACAGAUGGGACAGCAGCCUUCAGAGUGGGGAGCCCCAGGGCACCCCCACAGCCGCUGGGCCCUCUGAGAGGCUGCCUGGUAUCCACCCCGGUGGGCUCCAGUGGUGGAGUUGGGGGGGGUCCCACAUGUCAUCCCUCCCCCAGCAUCCCCGCUGUGGGGGCUGCUCUUGCCUGGGUGAGGGGCACCCUGCACAUUCCUGGGGGUCACGCAGUGCUUCGCAGUCCAGUAGGCAAAAAUCACUGGUUCGUGCAACCCUGCUGUUAAUUUGAGGGGGGCUGCAUCUGGCACUGUGAUGGCAACGCAUGGAUUUGCUGUGCUAGACAGCUAUGUAACAGCAGUCGUGCUACACAGCAUAGGGUAGCAUUGUUCAUGCACUGAUGCGAAGCGAGUCAAUAAACGGUGAGAAAAAGCCUCUGUCCUUGUGGUUUCACUUCCAGCCUAAUAGAGAAAUAAAGGCAUUUCUG